AUGGGGUUUCUAGGCAGGCAAUCCUGCGUGGCAGGUAGAAGACAAUUCAGCCAAACCAAGAACAUUGGCAAGAAAUUGAACAAAUACUCCUACAUUAUCACGGAACCAAAGGACCAAGGUGCAUCGCAAGCAAUGUUGUAUGCUACUGGGUUUAAAAAGACAGAUUUUUCCAAGGCCCAGGUUGGCGUAGGUUCUUGUUGGUGGUCAGGUAAUCCAUGUAACAUGCACCUAAUGGAUUUCAACAACAGAAUCAGCGAAUCUGUGAACAGAGCUGGUCUGAAAGCUAUGCAAUUUAACACAAUAGGUGUUUCCGACGGUAUUUCUAUGGGUACCAAGGGUAUGCGUUACUCUCUGCAGAGUAGAGAGAUCAUUGCGGAUUCUUUUGAGACAAUUAUGAUGGCGCAACACUACGACGCUAACAUCGCUAUUCCAUCGUGCGACAAGAACAUGCCAGGUGUUUUGAUUGCUAUGGGAAGACACAACAGACCCUCGAUUAUGGUUUACGGUGGUACCAUCUUACCGGGGCAUCCCACAUGCGGAUCUGCCAAGAUUCCCAACAACAUUGACGUUGUGUCCGCAUUUCAGUCGUACGGCCAGUACUUGACAAAAGAAUUCAGCGAAAACGAGCGCGAGGACGUUGUCCAACACGCUUGCCCAGGUCCAGGUUCUUGCGGUGGUAUGUACACUGCCAACACCAUGGCUUCCGCUGCCGAAGUCUUGGGUAUGACUUUGCCCAACACCUCGUGUUUCCCCGCGGUGUCUAAGGAAAAGCUUGCCGAAUGUGACUCUAUUGGUGAGGCUAUUAAGAAGACUCUUGAAUUGGGCAUCCUACCUCGUGAUGUUAUGACCAAACAGUCGUUCGAAAACGCCAUUACCUACGUUAUCGCUACUGGUGGUUCUACCAAUGCAGUCUUACACUUGAUCGCUGUCGCGCACUCUGCCGGUGUCAAGAUUACUCCCGACGAUUUCCAGCGCAUCAGCGAUAAGACUCCUCUAUUGGGUGACUUCAAGCCUUCGGGUAAGUACUUGAUGGCUGACUUGAUGCACGUCGGUGGUACCCAAGCCGUUAUUAAGUACCUCUACGACCAAGGUUUCAUGCAUGGGGACACUUUAACCAUCUCUGGUGACACGUUGAAAGAACGUGCCGCUAAAUGUGCUGGAUUGACCGAGGGUCAAGACAUCAUCAGGCCUGUGUCGAGCCCAAUCAAGCCUCAGGGCCACCUCCAGAUCCUUUACGGUUCUUUGGCUCCAGGAGGAUCUGUUGCUAAGGUUACCGGUAAGGAAGGUACUUUCUUUAAGGGUAGAGCUCGUGUCUUUGACGAGGAGUCUGCCUUCAUCCAUGCUUUGGAAAAGGGUGAAAUCAAGAAGGGUGAAAAAACGGUUGUCGUGAUCAGAUAUGAAGGUCCAAAGGGUGGUCCAGGUAUGCCUGAAAUGUUGAAGCCUUCCUCUGCUCUGAUGGGCUAUGGUCUAGGAAAAGACGUUGCUUUGUUGACUGACGGUAGAUUCUCUGGAGGUUCUCACGGAUUUUUGAUUGGCCAUAUUGUUCCUGAAGCUGCUGAGGGUGGUCCAAUUGGAUUGGUCAAGGACGGUGACGAAAUUGUGAUCGAUGCUGACAACAACAAGCUUGAUCUUUUGGUUUCAAAGGAGGAGCUAGACAUGCGUAGAUCUCAAUGGAUUACGCCAGCACCACGUUACACCCGUGGUACCCUUGCAAAGUACGGCAAAUUGGUCUCCAAUGCCUCUCAGGGAUGUAUUUUGGAUGGAGACGCAUGA